AUGUCUAGGAAGGUUUCCUUGCUUAUGGAACAGGCCUCCAUUAGUUUGGGUGAUUCCAAGGAGCUUGGCAAACACAUUGCCGUUAACUUUGAAAACAUCAUUCGAAACCCAUUUAACACCAGUGUAUUGAUAAGCAUCUGGGAACGCCUUAGUGAUAAGGAGCGCAUGAUAUAA